AUGUGGAUCGGAGUUUUCGCCUCGAGAACCAACAUGAACUCCCCAUCCAAGACGAAACAAGAGGGAGCGGCGGCCGUGUAUUACUCCAGCUGUGUCAUCACCAUGGCGGAGAAAGGGACGUGUCACCUACCCCUGGCGUUCAUACCUGACGGAGCCCUGGCGAUUGUCUUUUCCUUUGUAGCUGUCAACGAUUUGCUCUCUGCGAACAAGGUGUGCCGAGAUUGGGUAUUGGAUGGAACAAGGGUGGACCUGUGGGCUUCGCUCGGCAAGAUCUUUGAAGUGGCGAUGCCCGUCUCCCUAGGGCCUCAGACUAGCCAACGAGCGGCCGGUUCGACCGGAGCGACCGCAGGUGGAGGUAGAGGGAAACGCGUUUUAAGAUCCGGCGCUAACGCGAAGCGGACGUUCUUGAAGUCUUAUGCCGCGGCGGUCAAGAGCGACAGGCUAAAGCACGACUCGACGCUGUCGGAGGCCUACACCCUCUUCCGCAUGAAAGACUCCGUGAUGAGGCUGCGCACUCUGCUGCGUCGCAGGUGGGGGCUAACGUUCCACCCCUCCUCGAAGCCCGACCAAAACAAGAGGAUCGAGAACUACGAAAGCAGCAGCAACAGCAGCAGCGGCGGCAGCAGCAGCAGUAGCGGGGAACUUGGCCUUUUUUUCCCCACGGCAACUGCAACGAGCAACUGCCUUUCUGGAACAGCGGCAACUCUCAAAGCCCGCACCAAUGCCGGGGCUGACAAAGACAGAGCGAGGGGCACGUGGAGCGGAAAGGCGAGGUGGUCGUUCAACGUGGACCACAGGCACGGAAUAUUUGAGGGAAACACUCUCCUUAAUUUCGCUGUCCGCUGCGGCAGAAGGAAGUGCGUGGAGUUCAUCCUGUGGCAAAUGGGCGCCGACACCGAGAUCGCCGACUACGGCGGUUUCACUCCCUUGCUCAACACAGCAUGGAGAGGCGAUGCCCCUCUCCUCAAGACCCUCCUCGCAGCGGGCGCUCGACUUGACGUGAAAGGCGUGUCUCGCGGGGUGGGGCCUUUCAGUCCCCUCGAAUGGGCUGAACGCAAGAACCGCCCGGUGACAGCGGCUUUUCUACGGAGCCUUGAGGCACGAGAAGAAGAGGGGGGGAGUGCUGAAGGAGCAGGACCAGGGCGAGGCAACAACGGUAAAUCCAAGGUGAAGGCGCCGAAGGAACCGACGCACUCGGACGUCCGUGUGGGGGCACCAUAG